UCAAGAGAUUACAGGCGGCCUCGUUAUAAAUCAGAUGAUGUUCUGUUCCGUUAUCAAACUAAAUGAUCAAAUGAGCCAUUGGUCAUGAAGCUUUAUUUCCUCAAAUUCUUCUCGCUGAGAAUGCACGCUUGCAAUUCCCAAACAAGCUCGUAACUUAUUAGCUAUCAGUUAUUGCCUUAUGUCACGGAGUCAAGAUCUGGCCAGGGCGCUAAGAACAGAGAAAACCCGUAGAGAAGCCCCAUUGACGUCUGGCAUUAGCAGCUUCAAACGGAAUUUCUCGAAAACUAUUAGAAUUGGUAGAACUCGCAGCCAACAGGACGACACAAUUUUAAGAAUGUCUACUUCGCAAAGUAAACAACGUACAAAGCGAAACAAACCAGCCAUGGACGACGAGCUACCGAGGACCAACGGACACACCGGUAGCCAGUCUAAUAACGCUCCUUCGGUUUCCCAGCCCGAGACGGACCUCAGCCCUCUAGCUCAAGAGCUUCGCGGGGCGUCUGAGCAGUUGUCAAAUAUCCAAAACGCCAUUAGAGCCAUAAGUGCAUCGUGCAUCCAACAUGCAGACCAUAUUACUCAGAUUCCGGAGUGGAGAGAGAGAUAUGAGAACCUACGGAAGGAAGUCGAGAACAAAGACAUAACGAUUGCAGAUCAACAGACUACCCUCAACGUCCUCAAUAAGAUGGCUUCCGAGAAAGAUAAAGCUGCCGAAAGGGAUGUUGAGGACUUUUUAGCAAAGAAGAAGAGUCUGGAACAAGAUCAAGUAGAACUCGAUCAGCAAAAGCGAGCAGCCGCUGAGGCGCUAAAGGAAAAGGAGUCGAAAUUGAAAGCCGAAGUUAUCAAAACAAUUUCGCGGCGAGCGGAAGAACAGGAUAAGAAGUUCCAUGCCCAAAUGAAAGCCCUAGAAAUUGACAUGGAAAAGCAGAAGAAAGACCAAGAGGAAGAACUUGGAAAUUUAAAAGCAAAAACCAAAAAGGACGCUAAAACGAUUACUGAGCUGAAAGCACAGAUUGACGAGCUGCGACUUCAAUCGAAAAAAGAGGUUGAGAGGUAUGAGGAUGAGAAAAGACUGAAGGAAGUAUACAAACAGGACAUAGAAGGACUUGAGGAGAAGUUGAAGGAUCUACAGGAAGAAUUUUCGUUGAACAGCGAACCUAUCGAAUAUUACCAAGGCGAAUUCCUCAAUAUCUCACGCGCAAUACAGGACAUUUCUGUCCGAUAUCUAGCUAGAGACUUAAACAAAGAGGAAGUUGUAAGCUUGCCUGGUGCAAUUUCUGUCGCUGACUCGACAUUUUCCGAUGUCCCCUUCUCGAAUACCGAUACUUCAAAGCAGCUUAGAAUUGCCCAUGGCCAGCGGGUAGUUGCAGACGCUAUAUGCAAUAUAGUCUGGCAACCAUUUUCUUCCGAUAUAACGUCAGAAGAUUCAAAAUUAUCUAAGCUUCUUCAAGACAUAGGAGGCGCAGUUGGUACCGGUCGUUCCGCAGAUGUCUGGAGAGCAGUCACAAUGCGUGCACUAAAAUCCACAUCCAUUGCUCAUACACAGCCACAGCACAGUCCGUCCCAAACAUUGAGCGCGGUACCUGCUAUCAAGAGCAGGGAAGACAAACUUAUGGAACUCGUUUUAUCUGUUCUUGGCCCAUUACUAGACCCGUCAGAUUUGCUUCAGUUCAAAGCCAACCUUCUACAGAUCACCAAACAAGCAAUUUCCGUCUGGACCACUGCUCAAGCCGACGAACGAACGUUCACUGUCAAUCCAAAACUUAACCAAGGGAACAAACGUGACUGGAAGAUCGCGGCCCUUAAUUAUGCCGCGUUAUAUUCUGACGGUGGCAGCCAAGUAGUAGGUCCAAGGAGGCGAAAUGCAACGAGCGUUUUCACCUUAUUUCCAAUCAUCAGUGCUACGAAGCGGGUCCAGGCUCAGAAAGCAGGUCAUGGACCACCUGGUAGUUGGCCCGACCAAGACCAGCAGCAAGUUCUAAAUCCAGAAGUUACACUCAUCCAUGAUGGUCUUGGCCUUCCGCAGGAGUCAGAUAUAGUUCGGGAGGGGAUAUCGGAAAGGGAAGAAUUUAUAAAGAUGAGGUUGGCACACGAAGAAUUAUGGGACCAGAAAAUUGCCCAGAAAGUCGCCGAGAAAGGUCCCAGUAGAAACAACUCUACGGCUGGUACUAUAUCUGGACCGCCGAGCCAUCAUAAGACCGGCAAUUGAGGGAAAGGAAAACAAUGCACCAGUAGCAGUGGACUUGGUAUCGGAGAUCCGAAAUAGUAUUCUUGCUGGUUUUUCAUAGGAGUUUGGUAGUAUAUCAAAAUAUUAUAUGUUCAAAGACAAUAUGGUUCCAUUUAUUAUAUUAA